CACGGCUGUAUACAUCAGACUGCAUAACGCCCUCAUUCUUCUUUCUUGGCGGAUGCGCACAUACACAUACACACCUAACCGUCUCUUCUUCCCCUACCACGCCACCCUAGGUACACACACCGCUAUAGCCUCUUGAAGUGUUUUGCAUCUAGGACAGGAAGAGCUAGCUAACACAGCGAUCGAUGGCCGCCGGCAACGACGACUGCUGCAGCAGCAAGCGAACAAAGCCUCCGCCGCCACCACCACCACCACCAGCGGGCAAGGACGAGGACGAAGGCGAGGGCGAGGGCACCGUGGCGGCGGACAAGGCGCUGCACGCGCUGGGCUUCGAGUUCACGCGCAUCGACGCGCGCGAGGUCGCCGGCCGCCUCCCCGUCACCGACACCUGCUGCCAGCCGUUCGGGGUGCUCAACGGCGGCGUGUCGGCGCUGGUCGCCGAGUCCACGGCCAGCGUCGGCGCGUACAUGGCGUCCGGGUACCGCCGGGUGGCCGGCGUGCAGCUGUCCGUCAACCACCUCCGCCCCGCCCGCCUCGGCGACGUCGUCCGCGCGCAGGCCGCCCCCGUCCAGCUCGGCCGCAGCAUCCAGGUGUGGGAGGUGCAGAUAUGGCGAGCAGACCCUUCCACAGAGGAGUGCAAAGAUCUGGUGUCAACAGCGAGAGUUACCAUGUUGAUAAAAAACCCAUCAACACCAGAGGAGAUGUCGACCCACGAAGCAAGCAUCAAGAAAUACGCCAAACUGUAGAGAAAAAGGAGCGCAACUCAAGAUAAUAUUAUACAUAUAUGUAAUAAAAUGCCUCCCCAGUUAUCAUCAGCAAGGUCAGAUGGCUGCUAUAUAUAUGAGAAAUUUAGUGUUCCAUAUAAUGUUUUUUUUUGUGAUCGGACUAUUCAACCAUUUUUCAUUAAAAGAAAAAUAGGUAACAAUUCAAUGUAAUGUUAAUAACGCGCAAUUUGUAACUUGCGCUACUCUA